CUCCUAUCUGCUGCAGGGUGAAAUGCUGUCCAGAAUUGCUUCAGACUGGAAUAACCCUUCCUAGAGCAUGGCUAGGGAGGCUGGGGAGUUUGGCACUGUUACUCUGACUUUGUAAUACUUCGGCUUAUAGUUCUUAAGCACUCCUAGGUGCUUUUGAUAUUUUUUGAAAUGUCUUGGAAAAGAAGAAAUUUGCCAUAUGAAAGACAUGCCAGUAAAGGCUCAGUAACAUCAGUCCUCUCUAAAUCCACGUGAGGGUGUCUGCUGAAUAGAGAGGGGGAAAUUGUUCUUGAGAUCCCUUUUUUCCUCAACUGUUUAAUUUGCUUAAUUACCGUUCUUUAAUUUACACUGACUUCUUAUUUCCCUUCCCCUGCCUCUAGGCCCUAUGAGAAAAAGGGAAAGCUAAGGAUGCUGGAGCAGAACAAUGGAUUUCUCUUUCUCUUUCAUGCAAGGGAUCAUGGGAAACACAAUUCAGCAACCACCUCAACUCAUUGACUCGGCCAACAUCCGCCAAGAGGAGGCCUUUGAUGGCAGCAGUGACAUUGCCGAGGAUGGGGGCCGGACGCCGUACGAGGCCGCGCUGCAGCAAGGCUUCCAGUACCCCACGCCCUCAGAGGAGCUGCCCACCCUCACCAACGGCUACCCCCCGGCCAUCAGCAUGUACGAACCCCAGGGCAAGUACCAGGGCUACCCUCAGUACCCCAAUGGAUCUGCCAAUGGCUUUGGGACAGGCAGGAACUUCAGCCCCACGGAGUAUUACCAGCUGGAGAACUCCAAUGGCAGGCAGCACGAAGUGCUGGAGAAACCUUCCCCUCCUCCCCAGCCGCCUCCACCACCACCACCACCACCUCCACAAGUGGGGAUUCCAAAGAAGACUGGCUCACCAGAGAUCAAACUGAAAAUAACCAAAACUAUCCAGAACGGCAGGGAAUUGUUUGAGUCCUCCCUGUGUGGGGACCUGUUGAAUGAAGUCCAAGCGAGGGAGUACGCUAAGGCAAAACAUGAAGGGAGGAAAGAGAAAAGGAAAAAAAGUAGCAAGCAUGACUCUUCCCGCUCGGAAGAGCGCAAGGCACACAAAAUUCCAAAAUUAGAACCAGAGGAGCAAAAUAGACCAAAUGAGAGGCUUAGCACACUCUCUGAGAGACCAAGAGAAGAUGCAGUGCUGGAGGAAGCCCCGGUCCAGCAGCUCGUGCCAUCCCUUCCAGCACAGGUCACCCACGACGUCAAGUUCCAGGUUGGGGAUCUGGUUUGGUCCAAGGUGGGGACGUACCCAUGGUGGCCUUGCAUGGUGUCCUGUGAUCCACAGCUUGACGUGCACACCAAAAUUAAUACAAGAGGUGCCCGGGAAUACCACGUUCAGUUCUUCAGCAACCAGCCAGAGCGGGCCUGGGUGCACGAGAAGCGCGUCCGCGAGUACCAAGGGCACAAACAGUACGAGCAGUUACUGGCUGAGGCAGCCAAGCAAGCCAGCAACCACUCUGAGAAACAGAAGAUUCGCAAGCCGCGGCCGCAGCGGGAGCGAGCGCAGUGGGACAUUGGCAUUGCCCACGCCGAGAAAGCGCUGAAAAUGACCCGGGAGGAGAGGAUAGAACAGUACACCUUCAUUUACGUAGACCAAGAGCCAGAGGAAGCUUUGGCCAAAGCCAAAAAGACUGCUGCUUCCAAAGCAGAGGCCAAGAAGAACCGGCGGCCGAAGGCGGCGCCGAGCUCGCAGCCGGAGCACGGCCCUGCGGCCCCGGGCUCCUCACCCUGCCACAGCGAGCGCCGGCAGGGCCAGCGCAGGCACUCCAGCCCCGAGGAGGAGGAGGCUCCACCUGUGAAAAUCGCCUGGAAAACAGCUGCAGCUAGGAAAUCCCUGCCAGCUUCCAUCACCAUGCACAACCUGGAUCUGCAAAAGUGUAACAUGUCUCCGGUUGUUAAAAUUGAGCAGGUUUUUGCCCUUCAGAAUGCUGCUGGGGAUGGAAAGCUCAUCGAUCAAUUUGUUUAUUCCACCAAGGGAGUCGGUAACAAAACAGAAAUAAGCGUCAAAGGACAAGAGAAAUUGAAUUCUUCAUCAGCUCAGAGAAGUGAGAAAGCUGUGGUGCAAAAUGCAUCUUCUCCUGAGACAACUUCUGGGGCAGCAGGUUCUGUAGAAAAGAAGCAACAGAGAAGAUCGAUUCGAACCCGCUCCGAGUCUGAGAAAUCCACUGAAGUUGUGCCAAAGAAGAAGAUCAAAAAGGAGCAGGUUGAAGCUGUCCCACUGGCAGCAGUGAAGACGGGGUUGCAGAAAGGUGCCAGUGAGAUUUCAGACUCGUGUAAACCCUUGAAGAAGAGAAGUCGUGCCUCCACUGACAUGGAACUGACCAGCUCAGCCUACAGGGACACGUCUGACUCUGACUCCAGAGGCCUCAAUGAUUUGCAGGGCAGCUUUGGGAAGCGUUCAGACAGCCCCUCAGCCACUGCUGAUGCUGAUGCCUCAGAUGUGCAGUCAGUGGACUCCAGCUUAUCCAGGAGAGGAACUGGAACAAGUAAAAAAGACACUGUUUGUCAGAUCUGUGAGAGCUCUGGCGAGUCGCUGCUGGCCUGCGAGGGCGAGUGCUGCAGCAUGUUCCACCUGGAGUGUCUCGGCCUGAAGGCCAUGCCUGAGGAAAAGUUCAUCUGCACCGAGUGUAAGAAUGGAGAGCACACGUGCUUUUCCUGCAAGCAGCCUGGCAAGGACGUGAAGCGCUGCUCUGUCAGCACCUGUGGGAAGUUCUACCACGAGUCCUGCGUGCGCAAGUUCGCCACGGCCCUGUUCGAGUCGCGCGGCUUCCGCUGCCCGCAGCACUGCUGCACCGCCUGCUCCAUGGACAAGGACAUGCACAAAGCCAGCAAAGGUCGCAUGGCGAGAUGUCUGCGCUGCCCCGUGGCCUAUCACUCUGGAGACGGCUGCAUCGCUGCAGGAAGCUUGUUUGUGUCAUCCCACAUCCUCAUCUGUAGUAACCAUUCCAAAAGGACUCACUCCUCAUCAGCUGUAAAUGUAGGCUUUUGUUUCGUUUGUGCAAGAGGGCUGGUAGUGCAGGACCAUUCAGACCCCCUGUUCAGUUCCUAUGCCUAUAAGUCCCACUACCUACUGAAUGAGUCAAAUCGUGCUGAGUUGAUGAAAUUACCUAUGAUUCCUCCUCCUUCGUCAGCUUCCAAAAAGAAAUGUGAGAAAGGUGGCAAACUGUUGUGCUGUGAGUCGUGCCCAGCUUCCUUCCACCCCGAGUGUCUGAGCAUAGAAAUGCCUGAGGGCUGCUGGAAUUGCAAUGACUGUAAAGCUGGCAAGAAGCUGCGGUACAAGCAGAUCGUUUGGGUCAAGCUUGGGAAUUACAGGUGGUGGCCAGCAGAGAUCUGCAAUCCCAGGUCUGUGCCUCUCAACAUACAGGGCCUCAAACAUGAUAUCGGGGACUUCCCAGUAUUUUUCUUUGGUUCACAUGACUACUAUUGGGUACACCAGGGCAGAGUUUUCCCUUAUGUUGAAGGAGAUAAAAGCUUUGCUGAGGGGCAAACUAGUAUUAACAAGACCUUCAAGAAAGCACUUGAAGAAGCAGCAAAGCGUUUCCAGGAACUGAAAGCACAAAGAGAAAGCAAAGAGGCAUUGGAAAUUGAAAGGAAUUCAAGGAAGCCUCCACCCUAUAAACACAUUAAAUCCAACAAGGUGAUCGGGAAGGUGCAGAUCCAGGUUGCAGACCUGUCGGAGAUCCCGCGCUGUAACUGCAAGCCCUCAGAUGAGAACCCGUGUGGGCUGGAGUCAGAGUGCCUCAACAGGAUGCUGCAGUACGAGUGCCACCCUCAGGUGUGCCCAGCUGGAGAGCGCUGCCAGAACCAGUGCUUCACCAAGAGGCUCUACCCCGACGCUGAGAUCAUCAAAACCGAGCGCCGCGGUUGGGGCCUGCGCACCAAGAGGAGCAUCAAAAAGGGUGAAUUUGUGAAUGAAUACGUUGGGGAGCUGAUUGACGAGGAGGAGUGCCGGCUGCGGAUCAAACGUGCUCACGAGAACAGUGUCACCAAUUUUUAUAUGCUGACUGUAACUAAGGACCGAAUAAUAGAUGCUGGCCCAAAGGGGAACUACUCUCGUUUUAUGAACCAUAGUUGUAACCCAAACUGUGAAACACAGAAGUGGACAGUGAAUGGUGACAUUAGAGUUGGACUGUUUGCUCUUUGUGACAUUCCUGCAGGAAUGGAAUUAACAUUCAAUUACAACCUGGAUUGCCUGGGCAAUGGCAGGACCGAGUGUCACUGCGGAGCAGAAAACUGCAGCGGCUUCCUGGGAGUGCGGCCCAAGACAGCAUUUGCAUCGGCAAAUGAAGAGAAGGUGAAAAACGCAAAACUAAAGCAGAAGAAACGGAAAAUAAAAACAGAACAGAAGCAGAUGCAUGAAGAUAACUGUUUCCAGUGUGGAGAUGGGGGAGAGCUGGUCAUGUGUGAUAAGAAGGACUGUCCCAAAGCAUACCACCUCCUAUGCCUUAACCUGACUCAACCACCUUUUGGAAAGUGGGAGUGUCCAUGGCAUCAGUGUGACAUCUGUAGCAAUCCUGCCGUGUCCUUCUGUGAGUUUUGCCCCCACUCCUUCUGCAAGGAUCACGAGAAGGGAGCCCUGGUGCCGUCGGCGCUGGACGGCCGCCUCUGCUGCUCCGCCCACGACCCCAAAUCUCCUGUGGCACCCGAGUACUGGAGCAAGAUCAAGUGCAAAUUGGAAGCACAGAAUGCUGUGGAAGAGGCAAAGGAGUGAAUUUGGGUUAAAAACAAACACGGGAGGGGAGAAGAGGGGCAGCAGGCGAUGAACUCGGAGUUUGCAGCGCCACACUCGGCUUUGUCCUCGGAGCCGUGGCGUGUGAGCUGGAAUGGGACCAUUGAGCUGAGCGAGAAGGACCAGGCAGUGGUGUUUGGUUUUUAUUGUUUGGUCUUUCUUUUACCCUUGAAUGUGCUACAGCAGCUCUUACUGUUGGAAACCAGGAGCGUCUUGGCCUUUGAAGAAAACCGUAACACUUUUGACAGUGAAAAGAAUAUUCUGUUUAAAAUAAUGUUCUUUGAGUGUAGAAAGCAAAGCAUAGCCACAUAUUUAUUUAUUUAAUUUUGAAAGGGUGUUGAAGAUCUGGCUUUGAUCGGUCAUCGUGUCUUUAAAAACAAAACAGCGAAGCCAACGUAACUUUUGUGUCUAGUUUAUGGAAAGAGCAAAGCCUGUCCCCUCUGUAACACUGAGAUGCCAAACAGACAGGUGUGGGUGUCAGACCAGGUGGCUCUGCAAUGCCUCUGUUCCACUACUUAUUGGUAAAGGCAUUGGAGAAGGUAGGUUGUCUCUCAUGUUUACUUCUGAAUAUUAUUGUGAAGCUUUUCCUGUGAGAAAUCAGGUGUGUGACUUCUGGGAAGUGCUCGUAACACAAGGUCUGGCAGUGAGGAGGAAAUGCUCCAGAGCUGUCUUGGGUGUUUGCAGACAUGCAAAAAUUCAGAGUUUAAUUGCACAGUGGUCAUUCCUGUAUCCCACCUAUAUUUUGGAAACCCCUCCCAGCCUCAGUCAGAGCUGAAGGCAGCCCUGCCAGUGGCUUCCUCACCUGGUUUGGUGGCAGUUCCUGAGUGAUUCUUCAGUCCUGCCUUCUCAGGCUCCCCUUGGCUUCAGGGAGACUUGGCCACGUGAGGGACCUGACCCAUGUGCAUGUUGGUUUUAAUGGAGUGUUAAUAUUUUUUUGUUGAGAGAGAGAGAUCUUCUAACUUUAAUCUUCAUUGUUAAUGGAGCUGAGGAACAUCUCAGCACUUCCUCAAUGAACAGGGUAUUUUGUGUCUGGGUAAGGGGCCAUAUCCCAGCAGCCAGCUGAUGCCUCAGGAGAUGAUUCUGUCUUGAAUUUCCUCUGUUAAUCAGAGAGACAGACUCCUUCAGUGAGGCUUUCAAGGUGGCUUAGGUUGCCUCUUGCUCCAGAAUUUUUUUAGAAAACCUCUAUUCCUCCAUUUUUUUUGUGCAAGGAGCCACAGGGCACUGGUGUCCCCAGUUAGUUUUGGUGACUCUUCCCCCUCAGCCCACAAUCUCACCAAGCACUGUCCCCUCCCCUGCCCUGGUACAGUGACUACUUCUGCCUUGUGUACUGAUAACAGCUACUCCCUGCCAGCCUCUGCUCGUGGGUACUGAAAAUAAUCAAAUCUUGCUGGCAUCUGAGCCUUGGAAUUAAGAACCUUGUCUCUGGAAAACUGCUGACACAAACCUGUGGGAACACAGAGACUUCUCAGAUCAAGGAAAAAAAAAAUCUGUGUGGAAUUUAGACCGUGUCUUGCCUCUGCCUGGUGUCCUCCUCAUCCUCACACUGGUGUGCAGGGGGAGUUUUUUGUGUGUGCAAUCAGUGAUGGAUACACUACAGUCCCUGAGCAGCUGCCCACAGCUCCCCUGGGGUGCCAGACCUGGGCCAGCAGCUUUGGGACCCCUAAAGCACUUCCUGCUGUGGGCCAUGCUCCAGCCAGGCUCCAACACUAACCCUGCUGGAUUUUGGUAUUUUUAAAGAAAAAAAAAAUAAGGUACAAAAAGGAUUUUAUUUUUCUUAACGUUUUGUGUGAGAAAUGUCUCUUUUUAUGCUCUUAUUGAGGAUGUUUAACCUUCUCAGAAAUUCCAAACACAGCUCUUGCUACCACGUCUGUAAGGCCUGAGGUGUUCACUUUAUAUUCUUUGUUAGGCUUGAUAAUGUUCAGUGAUUUUCUCUGAAGUCAGAGCAUCUGAUUGCAGCUAUCAGCUGAUAUAUUUUAUAUAUAUAUAUGUAUAAAAAUAUGUAUAUAUAUAUCAGAUAUGUUGCUGGUACUGUGCUGCUGUGUGAGUGCCCCAGCCUGCUCCAUUUAUUGUGUCCGUGGUGACCUGCUGAGCAGAGGGACGUGGUGUGGCAGCACCAGGACACCUUGGGAGCAUUGGACAGGAGCACAAACUGGCAGUGGCCACCCUGGCAGUGCCACAGUGCUGUGCCAGGGCACAGAAGGCUUUAAACUCCUCAAAUGCUGUGAUGGGAGGCUGCUGCUCCUCCUGUGCCACUCCAUGUCUUGGCUCACUUUGUGUUCAGACUUCUUAAAGAUGCUUCGUUUUCCACCAAAAAGUGAUUCAUAGCAGCUGGGCUUGGACUCAGGGGGGAAAACAGGAGAGGUUGUUUAGUUUGUGAACAAAACUCUGAACUGAAGAGAAGGUGAGUCUUUCAAAAAGCUUUAACAUUGAGAACAACCCAGUUCAGAGGAUCUUGGUGACUGUUGUGAGUGCCAGGUUCAGAUGCUAAAAUGUGCAUUUUAACCACAUCUUUGUAAGCUGAGUAACCAGAAUGCAGUUGCUUAGUGCAGCUCCUUUGUAAGGAAAAGAUUGCACAGCUGUUCUGAUGGAUUGGCUUCAGCAGAGUGGGAGGCAGCUGCUGAAUUCAUUUGUGUGGGCUCCAAAAUAAGGAAUCUUGGGUAGUUGGGUCAUUUCAUGCUGAGACCUAGGGGAAAUCCACAGAACUGGUAAUUUUGGUGGAGAAUUACAGUGUGCUGUCCCAGCACAUCGUUUUUCCUUCAUGGGAACACAUUGACACGUUUUUCACCUAUUUUCUUGUUACAUUUUUGGGGUGGCCCCACACUUGUGGUGACCUCCUGCCUCCAUCUCUGGCACCUGGGCAUUGCCCUGCCCAGGGAACAGGGUUUGUGGUUUAUUGGAGCUUCUCCUCUGCAGCUGCACCUGUGGCCAGAUGCAUUUAGAAGCAAAAUUCCACAAUUCUGUGAUUCCAGUGGUGCAGGGGCUGGUUCCACCAUUCCUGAACACAUUAUCUGUUGUAACUGUCAGAUUAUUGUAUAGAUUGUCCUGUCCAUAGGCUGUUGAAGCUCAGGAAGGAAAUUUUGUGGGCAAAUCACCUUCUCUGGUCACCACAUGGUCUUGGAGAAUCAGUUCAAAUGGAGUAAUAGGGCUGGAAUGUGGAUUUUUGGCCUUUCUUCUUAAAAAAACCCUUCUUUUAUCUUAAUUUCAGGAUAGAAUGGGAAAGACACAAUUACUAGACAUAACUAUCAAUGAGCAUAAAAUCUGUAUAUAUUGAAACUUUACAGAAUUAUGUGGGAGGGGAAGGGGGGAGGGUGGGAUGGGGGUGUCCGACGCUGGUACGGAGAAGUCACUUUAACAUGGAAACCUCUGCCUCAUUGAAUUCAGGGUUUAAUGUACUUGAAGCUCUGCAGUUCCUUUUACAGCUUUUUUUAUUUAUACAUGAUCUUUUGGUUUUUUUUUUUUUUUUUGUAUAUUGCAUUGAAAAAUGUCCUUGACUUCCCCCCAAAUUCCUUCCUGCUCCUGCUGUGCAGUGGAUCCAUGGCAAACAGGAGGGUUUGGGAGGUUUGUGCUCACCAGGUGUUGCGUGGGAGACGUUGACCUUGGAGCAGUGCUGUCCCUUUGCUUCCCAUCCCCAUCAGCUUUCCCCACCAUUUCUCUUUGUGUAGCAAAAACAUUUGCACUUAAGAUACACUCCUACACGUUGGAUGUAUUCCCAGUGUUGUUCUGAGGGAAAAAGGAGGAAGAGAAAAAGGCAAAACCAGGAAGAAAA